GCGUCGUGGAAUGUGAGUGAACACGAAGGUGAACUCCGUGCGAGGCAAACGUGCACGUUCUGUAUACCCUGAUUUGACCUGACAGUUGGAUUUUGACCCAGAUCAGUGAUAUUUAGUCACCUAUCCAACGCAGACUCACUUUCAGACUAAUUAUUGAAGAAUCGACGGCCGUGGAUCGAUCAGCGGGGGUUUAUUGGAGGCGAAGCCGCGCCGAAAUGCUUUGAGGUUUCAAAAAGUGGCUGAUAGUGACCGCGACGCGACGCACACCCGCAUAAGCGACACCCGGACACGGACUCUGACACUUGCUCAGCCCGGUGUAUCCCGAAGAGAAUGAGCCGAGAUGAGCCAGAGAGACACACUGGUGCAUCUGUUUGCUGGGGGAUGUGGAGGCACGGUGGGUGCGAUCCUGACCUGUCCGUUAGAGGUGGUGAAGACGAGGCUUCAGUCUUCCUCAAUAACGCUCCGCUUCUCUGAGCUGCAUCUGAGCACAGUUAAUGGAGCCAGCGUGGCACGUGUGGCUCCUCCGGGGCCCCUACAUUGCCUCAGAUUAAUUCUUGAGAAGGAAGGCCCUCGUUCUUUAUUUCGGGGCCUGGGGCCCAAUCUGAUUGGAGUGGCUCCUUCGCGGGCCAUCUACUUUGCCGCCUAUUCCAGCUCAAAGGAGAGACUGAACUGUGUGUUUGAGCCAGACUCCACACAGGUGCACAUGACGUCUGCUGGGAUUGCAGGAUUCACGGCUAUAACUGCAACCAAUCCAAUUUGGUUAAUUAAGACACGUCUACAAUUGGACGCCAGGAAACGCGGAGAGCGUCGCAUGAAUGCGUUUGAGUGUGUUCGGCGCGUGUAUCAGACGGACGGUCUACGCGGGUUUUACCGCGGCAUGUCUGCUUCUUACGCAGGCAUCUCAGAGACUGUGAUUCACUUUGUGAUUUAUGAAAGCAUAAAACGCCGUCUUUUAGAAGCCAAAGCAGCAACGCACAUGGAUGGGGCGGAGGACACAGCCAAGGACGCGUCGGACUUCGUGGGCAUGAUGCUGGCAGCCGCCACUUCCAAGACCUGCGCCACCUGCAUAGCCUAUCCACACGAGGUGAUCCGCACACGGCUAAGGGAAGAAGGCUCCAAGUACCGCUCGUUCUUCCAGAGUCUCAGUUUGGUGAUUCGAGAGGAAAGCUAUCGAGCUCUUUACCGAGGACUCACCACACAUGUGGUCAGACAGAUCCCCAAUACUGCUGUCAUGAUGUGCACCUACGAGUUCGUCGUCUACCUGCUUGAUGGCUAAACUUUGACCUCAAAGACAAAAAGCUAUGUGGUUUCAUUCACCAUUUGGGAGUGUCUUCGGAGAAGAAGGUGUUAGGAGAAAAAGGGAAAUGACUAAAAACGUUGUGUCUGGAAGUCAUUGUUCUUGUUUCUUGGUUUUCCUUAACUUUCAGUCUUUUAAUGUUCCUUAAGACGAUGCUGCUUCUAAAAAGCCUUGACAGUCAGUUCACCUUCAGCCUCCUCUGAGUUUGUUUUUCCAUCUCAAACAGCACUUCACGUCAGAUAGAUGUUGUAUGUGGAUUCAGCAGGAUAUUUCUGUCAGAGAAGCUGUUCUUAUGUAGGCAGGUCUUUCAGGUGGUUGUCGGCAUCAUUGCGAUGCUAUGAGGGCGAUCAAAGCUUCACUGGAUUUUCUCGAGGUUUGGAUUCGGAGAGGAUCCAAUCUGAGACUCACUUCCUGUCUGGGAACAGCCAAUCAGGUUGCACUUACAACCAUGCAAUGUAAAAGCAAAAACAUCUUGCACAGAUGCAUAUACCUGACACUGUGUGCACAUUUAUGCAAAAACAGAUGUCCAGUUCAUUUAUCACUGUACAGGUGAUUGUGUUCUAGUCUGAGAGUGUCAUAUUUGUCCGUUUAUUCCUGUUAUUGUGUGUUUGAAACCCCUA